UAUUGCCAUUUGUUUCGGCUUGUUUAUGGACGGAUGCGAAUUCGUGCAAGUGGGAAACGUUUAACGCAUAAUCUUUUUACCAUUGAAAAUAUAAUUUUUUGUUUACAAAGUGAAUACGAAUAAAAAUUAAAAAUGCCGCGAAUUAUGAUAAAAGGUGGUGUCUGGCGAAAUACGGAGGAUGAAAUUCUGAAGGCGGCUGUAAUGAAAUAUGGGAAAAACCAAUGGAGUCGUAUUGCAUCUUUAUUACACAGAAAAUCAGCCAAGCAGUGCAAGGCACGCUGGUUUGAAUGGCUAGAUCCAAGUAUAAAAAAGACGGAAUGGAGCCGAGAAGAGGAUGAAAAGUUGCUUCAUCUCGCAAAGUUAAUGCCUACCCAGUGGCGAACAAUUGCGCCCAUCAUAGGUAGAACAGCUGCGCAGUGUUUGGAGAGAUAUGAAUAUUUACUUGACCAAGCACAAAAGAAAGAAGAAGGAGAUGAUGCUGUUGACGAUCCUCGUAAACUUAAACCUGGUGAAAUUGAUCCUAAUCCUGAGACAAAGCCAGCAAGACCAGAUCCUAAGGAUAUGGAUGAAGAUGAAUUGGAGAUGCUGUCCGAGGCACGCGCUAGGCUGGCAAAUACUCAGGGAAAGAAAGCCAAACGUAAAGCGCGUGAAAAACAAUUAGAGGAGGCACGCAGGCUUGCCGCUUUACAGAAACGUAGAGAAUUGAGAGCUGCUGGUAUUACUGUAUCUCAAAAAAAUAAACGUAAACGCGGCGUCAAUUACAAUACAGAAAUACCAUUCGAGAAACGGCCUGCAUCUGGUUUCUAUGAUACCUCCAAUGAACAUGUCGAUCCUUUGGCAAUCGAUUUUUCCAGAAUGAGGCAACAACACCUAGAUGGUGAGCUUCGACAGGAAAAAGAGGAAAUGGAGCGCAGAAAAGAUAAGCAGAAACUGAAGCAACGCAAGGAAAAUGAUAUACCUAUGGGUAUGCUCAACAAUGAAGAGCCUGUAAAGAAAAGGAGCAAAUUAGUCUUACCGGAACCACAGAUAUCCGAUCAAGAAUUACAGCAAGUGGUGAAACUUGGCAGAGCUUCAGAAGUUGCACGAGAAGUUGCUACUGAGAGCGGUAUUACACUCUCUGACAGUUUAUUGGCCGAUUAUUCUUUACCUACAAAUGCAUCAGUAACACCUCGUACACCGGCCGCUACAGACAGAAUAUUACAAGAAGCUCAAAAUGUCAUGGCUCUUACGCACGUAGAUACACCGCUAAAAGGCGGAUUAAAUACUCCUUUGAAUAAUCCUGAUUUUACUGGCGUCGUACCUCCUACCAAUGUCAUCGCAACGCCGAAUACAAUUUUGGCCACUCCGUUCAGAUCGCAACGCAGCGAUGGAACACCUAUAAAUUCAUUUAAUACACCUGGCGCAGCGUCAGUACGAACGCAAAAUGGAGUUUUGGCGGCAACACCAGUUCGCGAUAAGCUUAAUAUAAAUCCAGAUGAAAGUGUAGAUGGCUCAGAAACUCCACUUAUACAAACGCAGGCCAAGAGUUCAUUGCGUGCGGUAUUGAGUUCUUUACCGGCACCGUGUAACGAUUAUGAAAUAGAUAUCUAUGAUGGAGAGACAAAUGAGGAAAAUACGAGUGCCCCUACAACUGAGAUGAUCGAGGAUCAAGCGGAUAUCGAUGCGAGACAACAGCAGGAAUUAUUAGAAGAAAAAAAAAGAGAAUUAGCACGUAGAUCGCAAGUAAUACAAAGAGACUUACCACGACCUGCGGAUAUAAAUAUGAACAUUUUAAGACCAUAUAUGGAUACACCGUUGACUGAUCUGCAGAGGGCAGAAGAAUUGAUAAAGAGAGAAAUGAUCACGAUGUUGAACUAUGACGCACUACAAAAUCCAUUACCGUCAAGUCGAAAGAGUGCUGCAGCGUCGUUAGCUCAGGCUCAGGGUUAUUUGGAACAACAUCCAUACGAUAUUUUUGAAGAGAGCGAGCUUCUUAAUGCUAAAAAAAUCUUAGCUGAUGAAAUGGCAGUUGUAAAGGAAGGAAUGGCACAUGGAGAAUUGAGUUUAGAUGCUUACACUACUGUUUGGGAGGAAUGCUUGUCGCAGAUCUUAUAUCUUGAAACGCAGAAACGAUACACUCGCGCAACGUUAGCUUCGAAGAAAGAUAGAGUAGAAGCAUGCGGGACAAAAUUAGAGGAAAAUCGUAAGCGUAUGACAGGGGAAGCUAAACGCGCAGCGAGGAUGGAAAAGAAAUUGAAGGUGCUUACAGGAGGUUAUCAAACUAGGACACAGGUGCUAACGAAGCAACUGCAUGAUUUGUGGGAGCAGAUAGAGCAGGCGCAUGUCGAUCAAUCGACAUUUAAGUUUUUGCAAACGCAGGAAGAGGCGGCAAUUCCGAGAAGGAUAAAUGCGCUCAUGGAAGAUGUAAACAGGCAAACAGAGCGAGAACGCUCGUUACAAAUGCGGUUUGCUCAGUUGCAAGAUCAGUUGCAGCAAUGCCAGUUAAACGAUAUGUCGUCUUAGGAACACAUGGUAGUAUGCUAAAUAUGCGGAACAUAAUGUAAUAUAUAUUAUAUUACCUUAUAAUACAUUAUGUGACUUGUAAGAUUUUUAAUAUAAGCCAUAAAAAUAUGAUGUGCUAUUUAGAAUAAUCUACUCUUCUCUUUUAAGAAUCAAAUAGGGAUUCAAUAUACAAUGUCUAUUGUCUCUAUGAUAGCUAUAAAAUUAUCAAUAUCAUUUUACUUAUCUGAUUCGAGUUAGUUAAUGAAAAUGACAAAUAAUUAUCGUAUCAAGCAAUAGUUUUAUUUUUGGAUUUGAUUCUUCAUAUUUUGCGAAGAAGCAGAAAUUUGUGACAGGAAAUUUUUUUUCCUCUAUGUGCUGUAAAAUAUUGUGAUAAUAAAAUUCAUGAUAUAAGUUAUUGAGUGAUAAUCUAUGCAUAUAGAAACGUAAUAAUAUACGUAUGUUGUACAGAGGAUAAUUUAAAGAUUGCAAAAGAUAAAACUGGAUGAUGUAUAAUAAAAAUAGAUA